AUGAAGGCCGGCACGCUGAUCUGCUUGGCCAUCAUUCAGGCCGUGCUGUGGGCCUCGGUGGACGUGAAUGUGGAGGAUCUGCGACCAGGACAGUGAGUGUCAUAAAUCUCUCUAAUCACCCAAGUUUGUCGCUUCAAUUGCAUAAAUCUUGGCUUUAAUUGUGCCGCCGCGACCUUUACUCACCGCACUCACUCGAUAAGGAUCGAGAGCUUGCGAGGUGGUAAACGGCCUUUAUCGCUGGUACAUUAGUGACAAAGCAUGAGUAAAAGCCACCAAGAACAAGGUUAAAUUAUGAAAUUAGCGAAAAGCUUUCGAAAAUUGAAUACUGUAAAAGCGCGCCAUUCUUUUCGAUUCACAAUAACUUUUAAAAAAAUGUUUUUCUUUUUAGACGAAAUUUGGUAAAGCAAUACCUUUACAACAUACUACGAUAUUUUUUUGGUCAAAAAGUUUAUAGAAUUGUUUUACAGCAGCUUUCUCUAGUAAAAUUUGGACACUUUUGCCUUUCUUUCGCCUUUUUAUGGCUUUUUCUACAUAUUUUUUGACCGAAAUCAAAAAUAAUAACAUAUCGUUUUUGGUCAAAAAGUUUUUAGAAACUUUUAAAGCAGCUCUUUCUACUCAAAUUUGGACAUUUUUGUCUUUUUUUGGCUUUUUCUACAUAUUUUUUGACAGAAACCAAAAAAUAAUAAAAUAUUGUUUUUGGUCAAAAAUUUUAUAGAAUUGCUUUGAAGCUGCUUUUUUUAACCAAAUUUGGACAUCUUUGCCUUUCUAUUGUUUUUUCUACGUAUUUUUUGACCGAAAUCAAUAAAUAAAAAAUAAAUCUUUUGGUCAAAAAUUUUAUAGAAUUGUUUUAGGCAGUUUUUUGGAGUCAAGUUUGCAAACUUUUGCCGUUCUUUAGCUUUUCUGUGGCUUUUUCUACGUAUUUUUUAUUCUAAAAAUAAUAUUAUAUUGUUUUUGGUCAGAAGGUUUAUAGAAUUGCUUUGAAGCAGUUUUUUUAGCCAAAUUUGACCACUUUUUGCGGUUUUUUUGCCUUUCUGUUCUUUUUUCUACGAAUUUCUUGACGGAAUUCAUAAAAUUACUGCCAAAUUUUAAACAAAACUUUAAAAAAUCUAAAUUCCACAACGUUUUUGCAUUAAAAUUAGAGUAAAAUAUUGGGAAACGCCUUGUUUCGAGUCCCCUGGAAUGAAUUUAUUUGUAAUCCUGAGGGCUUUGUUUGUUCUUGCGCGGUCAUUAAAUGGUCAUUUCAGGAAUAAUGUGUGCCCCUUCGAACACAUCGAGGAAGUGACAGUAAAGGAGCCCUGUGUCAAGAGCUACACCAAAUACAUAAAAACCCGGAGGGCAGGUUGUAAUGGGCUCAAUUCGGCUUGUCAAGUCAGGGAACCCAAGUGAGUUAUGUUGUAGUAGGGUAAACAGGGAACGUUUAGAAACAUAUUAUGCUUCAAAGAUACCGUAACUGUUUGAAAAGUACUAUACCUACAUGAAAAGUACCAUUACUUCUUAAAAAGUACCAUAACAUAUUGAAAAGUGACAAAAGUGAUGCCACAACAUAUUGAUAUAGCUUUUAAAUUCAAAAAAUACUUAAGAAACACUAAAGAACUGCAAUUUCAGAACCGUUUACUACAGAACCUACCGUAAUGUAACUCGAAAGCGACGUCAGACGGAAGUCAAAUGUUGCCCAGGAUGGUCACAGAUCCCAGGACAGUUAGGGUGUACCAAACGUAAGAUAACAUUUAUAUUGUAAUAGUUUGUUCAAAAAAUUCUGGGCUAUCUUCAAAGCAAGUUUUCGUGGUUUGGUGGCUCAGGACUAUUUGAACAACUUAAUAUUACUGAUUAAUUUUUUAAUUUUUGAACUUUAAAUUAUUAGUUUGUUCAAAAAAUCAUGAGCUAUUUUCAAAGCAAGUUUUCGUGGUUUUGUGGCUCAAAGUUAUUCGUACAACUUAUUAUGAUAGGUAUAGGAAGGGGAGUCAAUGAUGUUUUAAAGUUAAAAAUUGGUAUAGUAUUACUGUAAUUUAAUAAUUAAAAAUUUUAGUUUUAAUUUUUAAAAUUGAAAUUUUAAAUUUUAUUGGAAAGCUUUUCUUUCUCACCUCGUAUUUUACAUUUUCAGCCAACUGUACGGCUGAUAUCUGCCACAAUGGGGGUACCUGUCUAGAACAGGUACGGAGCGACGAUCAAAUGUGUUUGUGCCCUGAGGGCUUUCAAGGAUCUAUUUGUCAAUAUGGUAUGGUAGUUUAGAAUGUUAUGGUAGUUUACUCUGUUCAACUGAUGGUUCUAUAUGACAUAUAUAUACAUAUAAAUACGAUAUAUGUAGAUAUAUGUUCAUGGGCAUUACUGUGCUAUUUUGUCGCAAUUUUUUUUAUUUUAAAGCUUAUCAAUUGACUGGACUAAUUUGAAAUUGAAAAUUUUUAAAUUUAGUAAAAAAGAAUUUCCAGAUGUAAAUGAAUGUCUGAUAAACAAUGGCAACUGUCACCAUGAGUGUGUGAAUACGAUAGGAACGUUUUACUGCCGCUGUCACACUGGAUUCACGUUGGACGAGGAUGGGCGACAGUGUGUGGGUAUGUGUAACCAUAGCUGUAGCUAUAGUAAGGUGCCUAUAUCUAUGGCUAUAGUAGUAAGAUGUGUUACAUCAUAGCCUUUGAAAGUUAUUUACAAUGUAAAUUCUUACAUCAAAGCUAUAUUAUAACUUAUGUUAUCCUUCCAGACGUGAACGAAUGUCAAGUAGAGAACGGUGGCUGUGUGGGAACGUGCGUGAACACGGACGGCGGAUAUCACUGCGACUGUCCGUCUGGAAAACAACUCGCGCCUGAUGGCCGGAGCUGUGUCGGUAUGUUGUCGCGGUUUAAUUACAAGUCUUUAGACGCAAACACCUGCGCGACACAGAAUGGCGGAUGUUCUCAAAUAUGCGAGGAAAACAAUGGCAUCUUCCACCGAUGUCGCUGCCACUCGGGCUACGAGUUGGGCCCGGACAAAAGGUCAUGUCAUCGUAAGUCAUGUUUAGGUUGAGGAUAUAACUCAUUUGCAUAAAUAUUGAUUUUACGGUAAAAAAUUACGAUUUUAAAUGAUCGUUUAUUAAAAUAAUGCCAAACAUGUCGCUUGCAUUCCUAAAUCAUCAAUCUGAUAAAAUCUUUCAUCAUAACAUUCAAUUUGCACCGUGCAAUACUUUACUUUUACUUUUGCACGGUGCAGUCAUCCUUUGAUCUUUCAUCAAUAAAGUUUGCACAGUGCAAAGACCUUUCUUCUGUUUUCACGGUGCAAAUUUGUUUUCCAUUUUUGCACGGUGCAAUCACUUUUUUAUUCUUGCACGGUGCAUUCAUCCUUUGAUCUUUCAUCAACAAAGUUUGCACAGUGCAAUACUUUAUUUUCUGUUUUGCACGGUGCAACCAAAGUCUUGUCGCUACCCCAAAAAGAAUGGCGACUUUGAUCUUUAAUCACGCACGUUGCAGACAAAGAACUUGUCGCAAUGUCGCCAAACCAUUCCAUUACACUCUUUGAAAGUGCAGAGGGCAAUUUUUGUCGCAAUUCUUCAUGAAUUUUGUGGCAAACAAAACUUUGCGGAGAAUUUGUCGCUGAAAUCGCAAAAGCAUUCAGCCUUUCUUUGUUGUCGCGAGAACGUUUCGCGACAUCUUGUUGCAAGAAUUGGCACUCUGAAUUUGAUUCAAGAUUUGCGACAAGACCGACGACACAUUCUUUUUUGCAGCUUUUGUGUCGCAGAAUUUGAAUGUCGCAGAGCGUGAAUGUCGCGGCUUUCCACAAGUUUUGUCGCUCUUGUUUGAAAGAAUCGCGGUCGCAUAUGAGAGAGUUUUUGCGACAAACAGUUUUGCUUGCAUCAUGCGACAUUCUGUUAUGCCUCUGAUGAAAGUUGAAUGCGACAACCUGUGAUUGCGAUAACAGUGUUGAAUGUUGCCGCAGAUGAAGUGAAUUUUGCGACAAAGUGCACAGUUUGUGGAUUGCACUGUGCAGUUUUUCGUGAUUUUUUAAGGAAUGCACUGUGCAUUUGGUUUGUCGCUUGACGUCGCGACUAAUUAGGGAGAAAAACUGCACGGUGCAAUGGGUUUACAAAAGCGAGAUUUUUUAAGAAUGCACUGUGCAGUUUUUUUGUGGUUCUUUAAGAGUUGCACUGUGCAGUCUCUUCAUUUUUUGGUGAUUGCACGGUGCAGUCUUCUUUACAUUUUAGAGAUUGCACUGUGCAGUUUUCUUACAGUUUGCUGGUUUGCACUGUGCAGUCUUGUUUAGCUUCUUAGGGCCUGCACCGUGCAUUCUUAAUAAGAUUUAUACGUCUGCACGGUGCAUAUAAAAAAUACAUUUUUUAUUGCACUGUGCAGAUUCUUCAGCCUUUUUGUAUUGUAAAGAUCUUCUGUAAUGUCGCUAAAAGUCAGUAUUAUCUCAUGAUAUUUAGCUUCUUGUUUGAUGUAGAAGCAUAUAUAUAGCUCUGUUUGGCAUUUACUAAAUGUAAAACAAUAUUUUGUCGCUUUCAGCUCGUGACCCAUGCUUGAAGAACAAUGGAGGUUGUGAGCAACAAUGUGUCAACCACAAUGGAUUUGCUGUAUGUCAAUGUUUUCAUGGCUACCGGCUGUCGCAUGAUCAGAAGAGUUGUCACGGUAAGUUAACUCUACUAUAAUAUGAGGAUGUUAUGUUAGAUUAAUUUAUAUAGGUAUAGUAUUUUAUAGGUAUAAGAGGUAUUAUUAGGUUGUUUAAAUGUUUGAGCUAUUCUUAUAUUAAAUUUUCGUUGUUAAAUGGCUCAGAAUUAUUUGAACAAGCUAAUAGGUAUAGUAAAGGGGGUUAAAAUAGGUAUCGGAAGUAGUUGAUAGUCAAAACCUAGCCUAUAGAGUGGUCUUUAAAAUCUAAAAUAGGCAUAAUAUUACUGUAAGUUACAGUAUUCGACGCGUGUCUUCACGGCGACGGCCAGCGAUGUGAACAAGAGUGUGUGAAUCACAACGGUGGCUACAGAUGCUCAUGUAGACGAGGCUACGUGCUCAACCAGGAUGGACUAUCGUGUUCGUCGGGUAAGGACUUGUGUUCGGAAAACAAUGGCGGAUGUGCGGAUUUGUGUAACGUGCUUCACGGUGAGGUACGAUGUUCUUGUCACGAAGGCUACGAAGUGGCUCCAGAUGGCAAGACUUGUCAAGGUAUGUGGGCUUGUAGGUAUAUUGAUGUUGUUUGGUAUGUUGUCUUUAGUUACUGUUGUUUUGUUUACUGUUGUGUUGUCUUGUGUUGAACUGUAUUAUAUAGUGUUUUGUUGUAUAGUAUAUUUUUUAUAGUUCUGUUUUACGUAGUAUUGUGUUACUUAGUACUGUACUACAUAGUACAGUAUCAUAUAGUACUGUGAAUGUUGUAAUAGUCAACCAUCAUGUCUUUAGUUGUGUGGUUUGUUAGUUUGCAGUCAUCUUUAGUUAAUCAGCACGACAUUGCACUUGCUAGCACAGCUUACAUUUUGAAUUAGCUUCAGCACGCAAAGCCUUGGCUUCUGUAGCUCCUACGAUAACAUACGAGAUCAACGAGAUACCACUGCCAGCCUUGGAGGGGUUGGAGAGUUGUAUCAACGACACUGGGGGGUGUCAUCAGUUGUGUUUGGAUUUUAGUCAGGGUACUACGUACUGUAGAUGCAGGUCUGGCUACACACUGGAUUCUGAAGAUCAGCUAACGUGUUUGGGUAGGGUGGUGGUGCUUUAAGGCUGUGCUUUAGGGCUUUAAUGUUGGGUUUUGAUAUGAUUAGAUAACAUAUAUGGUUUAGUAUUUUACUGUUGCUUUCUACGUAUGACUAUGAGCACAAUUAUGUCUACAUAAUAUAUCUAUAAUCUUAUGUAGUUACUAUAGUAUAUUAACAUAUCAGUCGUUCCACUAAAGAAUUUGACAACUGCACAGUGCAGUUCCUGAAAAAAUCGCGCUCUUUUUUAUUCCACUGCACCGUGCAGAUUCCUCCGCGAUCGCUUGCAACCCCAAACGAUGAGAAAAAGAAUGCACAGUGCAAGCCCUCAAUUGUCGCACUGGUCGGUUGUCGCAGGAGUCAGGGGACUUGCGACAGUCAAAAAAAUCUUGUCGCAAACCUUCCAUUGAACACAGUGGUGGCUUGAGCGUUGCGACAAUCGCGACACGCUGUCGCAUCGCCCUUUAAACCGCGACGCGACAACUUGUCGCAAGGUUUUGCACCCUGCGACAUUGCGAUCUUUCUUUCGAUGUCGCAGGGUGCAAGCGAGUGUCGCACGACUCGCUGAAUGUCGCGCGACGUCCCCCGAUUCUGGGCGCGACAGCGAUUCCUCCCAAUUGGGGUUUGCGAUUUUGUCAAAUUCUUUAGUGGAAAGACUGAUAUGUCCUUAAAGCAAUCAAGUCUGUUGUAGUCUUUAUCAUAGUCUUUGUAAAAUGAUGUUAAAAUGAAUGUUACAGAUGUAAAUGAAUGUGAACACAACAAUGGAGGCUGUGAUCAGGUCUGUAUCAACACUCCCGGAUCGUAUCUGUGCAGUUGUGAGCAAGGAUACGUGUUGAUAUACGAUCAGAAGACUUGUGAGGGUAAGUUAUGUCAUAAAUAAAAUCUACUUAUGUCUAUGGGAGUAAUUUUUACAAAUUAUAGUCAUAUAAGUUAGAAUUGUUAUCUAAAAUGAUAUUAUUCACAAGGAAGUACUUAACCUGCCCCACUCAAAAUUAGCUCAAAAAUUUUUAGUAGAAUUAUUUGUACUACUAAUAGUAUUUACCAAAAAUUUAAUUUGCGCUUUUGAGUUUUAAUUUUUUAAAUAUUUGGGCUUCCCGUCAAAUUGGCAAUUUUGGCAUAGUGUUGCAAACAGUCUUUUUGUCUUCUAAAUAAGCUAGGCUUACAAAUUUUAAAUUGUAGGUCUAUUGAAAAGUUUUAUAGUAGUAUAUAAAAAAAUGGUUGAAAGACGAAAAAUGACAGUUAUAAGUUGGAAACACAAUGUAAAUUUGGCGGAAGAUUCAAAACUUAAUUUUUUGAAUUUUUUCGAGAUUUCUUGGAAUUUUGUACUUUGUUGUAUAUCUUAUAUUUACAUGAUCUUUCAAUAUAAAAAGUUUUAAGUUUAUCAGUGCGGGGCAGGUCGGUCACUUUACUUGCGAAUUACCAUAUUUAUGAUGUUCGAUAUAAAGCUAUAUUUUUUAUGUUUAUAUUAUUGUAGAAAAGUUGAUUAAAGUAAUGUUAUUGUAGAUGUAAAUGAAUGUGUUAACGACAAUGGUGGCUGUUCUCAGAACUGUCACAACACUCAAGGCUCUUAUCAGUGUGAAUGUGAGACUGGAUAUGUUCUGGGAGAGGACAGGCAUAGAUGUCAUGGUAUGUUUUACCAAUUUAGUUGUGCCCCUUGA